GAUCCUUGUGGUCCAAACCCGCUGAUAAUAAGCGACAGCUCGUCAGGAACCAUCUACUCGCCUGGAUACGCAAAAGGCCGUUAUGAGCCACAGCUGAAAUGUGCUUGGAAGUUUGUGGCACAACCAGGCGAGGUGAUGAAAUUAACAUUUCAAGUAAUGGACAUCGAGAGCUCACCGCUUUGUGGAUAUGAUUCCGUGUCCGUUUGGGAUGUGGUCAAUGAAAAGGGAGUCCCUCUUGGAAAAUUUUGUGGAAAGACACUGCCUGUAGAAACACUGAAGUCUACUGGUCGGUUCCUCUUUGUUUACUUCAUCACCGAUAAAUCGAAGGGAGACGGAAAGUUUGCAAUCCAAUAUGAAUCCGUUAAUCCAAAGCCCCCUGAGCCCUCAGACGAUAUGUGUGGCAAGCCAGCCAUUCAACCAUCAACCAGGAUUGUCAACGGAUACCAAGCUGUGCCUCACUCGUGGCCUUGGCAGGUUAGCAUAAGGUUAGUGAUCGGUAGCAAGCAGUACCACAUAUGCGGUGGCUCAGUAAUCUCAUCAAGCGUGAUCGCCACGGCUGCUCACUGCUUUUUUGACGAAAAGCACAAACCACACGACUUUCGAAGCCUCAAAGUUGUAGUAGGCGAUCACGAUCAGAAAACCAACUUAGACGGAAAAACUCAAUCGCCAGCCAUCCAGAAAGUCAUAUACCAUCAGUCCUACAACCCUAACUCUGCUUCAAGUCCGUACGACAUCGCCGUCAUGCUCCUGCAGACGCCUCUCACCUUCGACAGCAGCGUUAGCCCAAUAUGUCUGCCUCGAGAAGAUGUCUCCGUGAACAGCCUCUGUUUCGCCACUGGAUGGGGGGACACUAACGAAACCGGUGAUGAAACCGUGCUCAACCAAGUGCGCCUGCCUAUCGUCAGCUACACUUUCUGUUCGCAGAGAGAAUAUUACGGUAGUCAGAUUAUCGCGACCAUGUUGUGUGCAGGGUACGAUGAGGGAGGGAAGGACGCCUGCCAGGGAGACAGUGGAGGCCCUCUAGCUUGCUACAAUAAUAUCAAUAAGAGGUGGUACCUGCAAGGCAUAACAAGCUGGGGAGCUGGUUGUGCAAAACCGAAAAGACCUGGAAUAUAUACCAGAGUAACAAAAUAUUUGGGCUGGAUUUAUCAGAACAGUGGAGUUAUUUCCUAAAGGUUUAAAAAGGAAAGAAUUAACCAAGCAACUGCUUUUUAUUUUUAAUUAUAAUGAUGAACAUUUCAGAUGUGUUAUUUUAAAAAUUUAAUAAUUUUUUUUCAAUGUUUCAAUUUCAAAUUUGAUUUUAAUAUUUUGCCAUUGAGCAUUCAAAACAAGACCCAACUCAUCCAAUUUAGUGAAGUUUGCUAAUAGCGAGUACACACUCAACUAAUAAACAUUCUUCUAACAUCACGUUAUAUUUCUGUUGAUGAAUAAAAUAACUUUAAUUGAAUUACCAA